AUGAGCUUUUCGUGGAGCGCUCACGAUCGGCAAAGUCCUCCAGCGGCCGGUCCGUCCAGAGUGUCAUAUCCCCCGCUACCUAUCCCGAAUCCUGGUUACUUCACGCCACAACCCACAAGCGCCCAUCAUGAUCAACAGGAGGCCCCGGUUGUUCCGCCGCGGCGGAUGCAGGAGCGUCAUGCUGAGCGAGCUUAUAUUUUGAAUUCUCUUCGACGAGAAAAUUCAAAGGCGACUGUGCUCCUGGAAAGGAUAUCGGCUUUGGAGGGUGGCCUACACCGGAAGGCACCAUACGCAGAGAGAAAAGCCAACAAGCAGUUAGGCUGGUUGAAGCACCGUCUCAAUGAAACGAACCAGCAAGAAAAUGCCAUGCUGACUCGCCUUGGGCAAUUGACAUCUGACAUACAGUCCAUGGAAGCAUGGCUUCAGAACGAGAAUGAGCGGCUUCAACAGAACAAGGUUCCCGACACGCCUUUUCAGAUGUGCAAUAAUAUGCAGCAGUUGAAUUUAGACCCAACAUCACCAGAAUUUCGACCUCGUGGGUAUCAGAUGCAGUGGGAUUCGGUACAGUGGCCGUCCAAGGAAUCACAAUCUGAGUACCGGUCUGACUACCAGGUGAAUGCUCAGGGGAAAGCCGCUGUGCCCCAAGGAGGGUUAAAUAUGAACAAUAUUUGUCCCACCGGGCAAUGUUUAGACGAUGGUAUGACGCAAAGCGAUCUUGUUCCAGUGCUUCUAACAACACCUAGAUCAUCGUCUCUGGACUCUGCCAUGCUGGAUGCUUCCUUCACCAGUCCUUCCCCGAUGGAAUUGGCGGUAGCUAAAAGGAAUAGCUUACCUGCAAUCCCAGGGCUUUCGAUGAUAUGGGCUCUCACGGACAAGGAGAAGGGGGAAGAGAUUGGCGGCUAUGAAAGCAGCCACUCCUUACAUUCUGAUGUCAUGAUGUGA